AUGUUCCACCUCUCCACCCUCUCCCACCUAGCAGCCAACGCCAAAAACGCCCUCGUCCCUCGAACCCCCCUCACCCCUCUCCAAAAUCUCCAACAAAUCAACUCUUCAAUCACAAAACUCACCAACCUCAUCUCCACCUGGUCCGGCAGCAGCCUCUUAUCCGCCGCGCCAAUUUCCUCUCAAUCAGCGACUUUGAGUGUCGAGUUGAAAAAUGCUAUUGGUGAUGUGAAGGUAUCAUCCCCAUUAUCCUCAUCAUCUUCCUCACUACUAUUGGAAUACAUCACAUCGACCUUACGUCCGAAUAUUGAAAAAUGUAUGCACACUAUGAAGAGUCGGAAAGAAGAGUUUGGAAAGUGUGGAUUGGGAGGGACGGUGAGUGGGGAUUUGAGGGAUUUGAGAAAAUUGACGGGGGAGUUGGGGAGGAGUUUGAGGGAGAGGGUGAAGAAGGAGGAAGAAGAUGAGAGUGAAAAGGUGAUGAGGUUGAUUGAUGAGGAUUUUGAGGAUGCCAUUCAAUGGUUUGCUUCAUGA